AGAGCACACAGUGUCCGGAACACAUGUUUGCACACUCCAGUUUGUAGCCGGAAUUUAAUUGAAGACGUACUGACGUCAUUGGUGCAGUUCACUUCCGUUAUCUCUCCCCCCCGCUAUCGGAAAAUCUGCGACGAUCUGCCGCUGUCACAAAAUGUACCGGCCGUUAAUAGGGAAGUCCUGUCGUUUAUUUAAUCGAAUAAAUUGAGAACAUUCGAUAUGUUGACAAGGGCACAGAAGCGGCUGUGGAAGUACGUCGAGGAGGGCAGCCUCUUCAAACUCAAGACAUACCUGCGGAAGCACCGGGACUUAGACGUCAACUUCUCUCAGGGCAAGAGGCAGAGGAGCCCGCUGCAGCUCGCCUGUAACCUGGGGGACGACGCCGUAGUGCGGCUGCUGCUCGACCACGGAGCCGAUGUGCUCCGGGCCGACAAGAAAGGAGACACGGCGCUACACGUCGCCGUCAACAGGGCUCUUAAACGCGGAAAAACUGCUUAUGACGACCUGGUGGUGCCUCUCCGAAAGAGUUGCCCGGAGGCCAUGGACGCCUCAAAUAUGGCAGGUGUGACGCCCCAGGACCUGCUGAAUGGCUUCAAACACUCCGAGUCUUCUGGACAAGGCGCAAGUGGCCCAUCUCGAGCUGACACUGAGAGAGACUGGAUGGAGAAGCUGUUUGGCGAAUGUGAGGAUGAGUUCUGCGAAACCUUUGGAGUUUAUGAUGCGGAUGACUUCCUUCCUGUCGAUGAAGAUGAGGAGGACUACGGUGACUGGGCCGAUCGCAUCAGAAGAGAAUAUUUUUCCAAGAAGCACGCGGAAGCUCAGAGAAUGGCCGCCUCGUCGUUUAGCGGGAGGAAUAAGAAGAGUAAGCGAGAAGAGGAGGAGCAGAGCUACAAGGAGCUGCACGCCAGGCUGCAGAAGGAACACGAAGAGUAUUUGUCUCGCGCCGCCCGCAAAGAGGAGGAAACUCGGCAGGGUAAGAAGCGGCGCUAUGAGCAGAUGUGCGCAGCCACGUUUCACGGCGGCGGCGCCAAGCUGCUGAGCUACGGCGACAUCCCCUGGCCGGCGCCGCGCGGCACCGUUCAGGAGAUGGCGGACGUCAUGCUGCACGGCGUGGACCGCAAGGACACAGCUGGCUUCCGCAAGGCUCUGCGCAAGCAACAGGCACUGUGGCAUCCCGACAAAUUCGCUCAGAGGUGCGAAGCUCGGCUGGACGGGAAGGACAAGCAGCGCAUCUUGGACACGGUGACUGCUCUGUCGCAAGAACUCAAUAGACUGGCUCAAAGCCUGAAGCCAUGACAUAAGAUUUUCUUUUAUUUGGGAGUUGGGCUGGCUGUUCAAUUCCAGCUCUUGCAGAAUUUACAGUCAUCACGACUUUCCUCUAAAUAUUUCUGCCAUUAAAACUUGAAUAAUAAACAUGGAA